CUUCCGGCUAGCUAAAUUCUAAUGUCGUCGUCGAAGAGUUCCAGGCUUCCAGCCCUUGAGAAAAGGUUCUUGCUUUCCUUUUGCUGUCGCACCACGAUCGGAGCCUUACGAGUUACGACCGGUUUUUGUUAUAAAGGGCCAGUAAGCCAAUUCAGAAUUUUAUCAAAAUGGUGCACUCUAUUCUGAACGAAAAAUCAUCCUUGAACGUCCCUGCCAUCCUGAAAGCGGAACAAGAGUAUCAUGAGGCCAAAGCUCUGGCUAAUAAGCAGCGUUACAUUGCUGGUGGCGGUGUGUUUCCCCCGGGUGUGGGUUGUAAAUCUGAUCCCGUCGGUCAAGCGAGUACAACGACUUCCGGUCGAAAGUCCCAGCUGUUGGCGGACAUAGACAAAAUCAGGCGUGAUAUCCAGGAGGUCUUGUCGGGCGACAUUGACAGCAUUGAUAAAAUGCCGGCGGCUUUGGAUAAAUUGAAUGCCGUGGAUUCUGAAGUGAAGGAACUCCGUAAAGAAAUCGAGCAGUUAUCGAAACAUGUGAUUGGAGCACUUGGCAAACUGGAAGCCCGACUGAACGGCCUGUCCCUUGCUCCUGCCUCUGGUGCUACCCAGGAUUCCACACACGCUAAAAAAGUGGCUGGGGAUGCCGACAAAAAGGAAACAACCGAAAAGAAAGAUAACGAUGACAUCGACUUGUUCGGCUCUGAUGAAGAGGAGGAAGAUCCCGAAGCUAUCAAGCGUCGAGAGGAACGUCUUGCCGCGUACGAAGCGAAAAAGGCAAAGAAGCCUGCUUUGAUCGCCAAAUCUAUGAUCAUUCUGGAUGUUAAACCUUGGGAUGACGAAACUGAUGUGAAAGAAAUGGAAACCAAGGUCCGAAGCAUUCAAACCGAUGGCUUGAUCUGGGGAACAUCCAAGUUUGUUGAAGUUGCCUACGGCAUCAAGAAGCUCCAGAUAACUUGCGUUGUGGAGGACGACAAAGUUGGUACGGAUUAUUUGGAGGAACAGAUUACCGGUUUUGAAGAUCUUGUUCAGUCUGUUGAUAUUGUCGCCUUUAACAAAAUUUAAUAGAGGUGUUUUAUGUAAUGAAACUGGACACUGAAAAAUAAAUUUCUAACGGGACUGUGUAAUCCACACGCGGCGAUGUAAGGUCACGAAGAAGUAAGAACUGGCGAGUUAGCGACUUUUUUCCGUUUUUUUUCUCUCGUUUGGUGGUUGUGCUUUACUACUUUGACGUUUCUGAACGCAGAAUGCCGGAAUCCGACACCAAAUGGUGGACAAUAAAGUACUGUACAAGUA